GGAUGCCAUAGUAUCAGUUUCACUGUGAUGCACCAAGAGAUUCUUCAGGGUUUGGGCUGUAAUAACAGUACUUGUCAUUUCACGUGGUCCAAGGAAGGAACUUCUGAAAUCUUGCUUUUCUGACAUGUAUUCCCAAUAUGCUUCACAUAACUGGCAUUUUAAUAUAGCUCUUGGGUUAAAAGGCAAGCGUACCUUACAGCCUGUGCCUUCUGGGCAAAUGUGCCACCCUGGAAACGUUAUUUAUAUGUUUUUAAUAGAGUAGUGAAAGGAGACAUCAGCAUUCAUGUGCCCUAGCCUGGGUUUAAUACCAAUGCUGGGUUGCACACUCAGAUCAGGAUGUGACCUCCAGGUAACACAAGAUCUGAAACUUCUUUCUUUAGGAGAUAAAGGAAAUGCUGGGGCACCAGCAACAACUGGUGAGCAUUAUUUGAGAUUCAGUUCAACUCUGUCCCCUCAUACAACGAUUAAGAGGAAGCUACUUGAGUUUAAAUACACACACACACACACACACACACACUGAGGUGUACAUUACAAGCCUCUCAGACUGACAGCAGUAAAGUUCCUCUAUGUGGAAGACAAAACCUUCCCUGGGGGCAGUCCGAGACUGGGUAAAUCCCCACCCCACCCCCACUAAAAAUCGUCGUGAUCAUCAUCAGCCUCCACUCCAAAUAAAAGGUACAUUUCUUCAACCUGCCUGUUCUAAUAUAAAUCUGGAAUACCAUGAACAUUAAUAAACAACCCACAACACCCCACACACUGCCAAACCACUCCACUGCACACAGUCUCCCCUGGGGAAGGGAUAAAAGAGAACAAACCACACAUGAGAGAUGUCAGUCAUAAUGCACAUAAUGCACUACUGGGUAUAAGAAUAGAACAGAAUAGAAUAGGCUUCUGAUGUCAUGCACUAUGUAUCACUGAUAACUUCAUAAAAUCAAAACCUCCUCUGGUCUAGAGGCAGUAUCAUGGAACAAUUUAACAACAAACAAGUAGUUAGAAUGGAGACCAAUCUGAAGAGUACAACAAUAUCAAACCUGCAGUUCUUCACUGUGUAAAGCACUAGGUAGCAAAUAAAAACCAGGAUGUGAACAUGUGUUCAACCCUGUGAAAUCCUCUCUCAGGAUUUAAUGAUCUAAUCACUCUGCUGUCUUGGGGCAGGUGUAAACCAUACUUUCAGAGGUUUUGCAAUGCUUACAAUAAUUGCAUAUCCUUCUUGGCCAGAUUGAUCUUUCACCCUGACAUCAGUGGAAUGAAGCUCUAGCUGGAAAAUAAUCUCAACCCUUUGGUAUAAAGGAGUUAAAUGAAGAAUUGCUGACACCAACACUUAAAGGAAAGCAAGUAAAAUUAAUGGGAAGCAGACCCGUUGGCACCAAAAUAUUUACUGAGUCACACAGGAGGAACAAUGUGACAGGAAACUUUCGUAUCAGAUUCUUGAAGUUGGGAAACUGUCCACACAACAAGCCAAGGGGAAACCAUUUUACAGCUGUAACGUGGAAACUGGGAUGUAAGGGAGAUUACAGUUCCGAGGUGGAGUUUACUUAUUGUAUUUUCAUAUGAUAUGAAAGGCUCCCAGGGCUGAGAUGCUAACAGAGCAUGAAGAUGAGGAGACGAGCGAAGCUGCCGUUGCCAAGACCAGCACCAGCCAUGAGGAGAGCUGCCCAGCAAACCCUCCUCGCCGUACUCUGCCUAGCAGCAGCGGUUUGUGAGGCUCAGGACACCUGCCCAGAUUUGAAAAUAGUGGGUCUCAGCGGUUCAGAGAAGCUCGCUGUUCUCCAGGGCUGCCCUGGGAUUCCUGGUGCCAUGGGGCCCAAAGGUGACCCUGGACGUGCAGGAAUGAGAGGGGAACGGGGAGCUCCAGGGAUCCCUGGAAAGAUGGGACCAGCAGGGGAGAAAGGAGAGAAAGGAGAGUCCGGAGAACCAGAAACAACAGGACCCAGAAACUGCAAGGAGCUGUUAGCCAAAGGGAGAACGCUGAGCGGCUGGUACGCCAUCUACCCAGGAGUUGCUGAUGAUUCCAUCACUGUCUUCUGUGACAUGGAUACAGACGGUGGAGGCUGGACUGUUUUCCAGAGACGCGCAGAUGGUUCAGUGGAUUUUUUCCGUGACUGGGAUUCAUACAAGAAGGGUUUUGGGAACCAGCUGACGGAAUUCUGGCUGGGGAAUGACAAUAUCCACCUGUUAACAUCCCUUGAAACUUGUGAACUUCGUGUCGAUCUGAGUGACACGGAAAACAAUAAAUCCUUUGCCCACUAUGAGACCUUCAGCAUUUCAGGACAAUCUGACAAAUACAGACUGAACCUAGGAAAGUUUCUUACAGGCACUGCAGGUGAUUCCUUGUCUGGCCAUAAAAAUAUGACGUUUACAACCAAAGACAAUGACAAUGAUAUGCAUUCGGCGAACUGUGCUCUGCUGUACAAGGGCGGCUGGUGGUACAAUAAGUGUCACAGUUCCAAUCUGAAUGGGCUGUACCUGCUGGGGCCCCACAAGAGCUACGCAGAUAGUGUCAUCUGGGCAACAGGCAAAGGGGCUCACUAUUCCUACAAAGUCUCAGAGAUGAAGUUCAGGCCGGUUUAGCACCAGGAGAGUGCAGCGGGAGGUCGCUCUCCAGCAAUGUGUGGGAAUGGACCCUCCCAGGUAGUUAGAUGCCUUAAGCCCAUUGAUUUCCACGGAAGUUAGGUGCCUAACGGAUCUGGGCCUUAGAGCCUGAUCUGAAGCCCAGUGAAGUCAAUGGGAGUCUUUCCAUUGACAUCAGUGUGUGCGGAUGAGGCCCAUAGCUGGAAGCACCCAAGCAAACACACUGAUGUUUAAUACCAACCUUUUCCUUUUCCUGGUCACGUUGAGUUUCAUAGAUCCUAAGGUCAGAAGAGCCCAUUAUGAUCAUCUAGUCCGACCUCCUGCACAACACAGGCCACAGAAUCUCACCCACCCACUCCUGCGAAAAACCUCUCACCUAUGUCUGAGCUAUUGAAGUCCUCAAAUCGUGGUUUAAAGACUUCAAGGAGCAGAGAAUCCUCCAGCAAGUGACCCAUGCCCCAUGCUACAGAGGAAGGCGAAAAACCUCCAGGACCUCUGCCAAUCUGCCCCGGAGGAAAAUUCCUUCCCGACCCCAUAUAUGGCGAUUAGCUAAACCCUGAGCAUAUGGGCAAGAUUCACCAGCCAGACACCCAGGAAAGAAUUCUCUAUAGUAACUCAGAUCCCACCCCAUCUAACAUCCCAUCACAGGCCAUUGGGCCUAUUUACCAUGAAUAUUUAAAGAUCAAUUAAUUACCAAAAUCAUGUUAUCCUAUCAUACCAUCUCCUCCAUAAACUUAUCGAGUUUAGUCUUAAAGCCAGAUAGGUCUUUUGCCCCCACUGCUUCCCUUGGAAGGCUAUUCCAAAAGUUCACUCCUCUGAUGGUUAGAAACCUUCAUCUAAUUUCAAGUCUAAAUUUCCCAAUGACCAGUUUAUAUCCAUUUGUUCUUGUGUCCACAUUGGUACUGAGGAAUUAAAUAAUUUCUCUCCCUCUCUGGUAUUUAUCCCUCUGAUAUAUUUAUAGAGAGCAAUCAUAUCUCCCCUCAACCUUCUUUUAGUUAGGCUAAACAAGCCAAGCUCCUUGAGUCUCCUUUCAUAAGACAGGUUUUCCAUUCCUCGGAUCAUCCUAGUAGCCCUUCUCUGUACCUGUUCCAGUUUGAAUUCAUCCUUCUUAAACAUGGGAGACCAGAACUGCACACAGUAUUCCAGGUGAGGUCUCACCAGUGCCUUGUAUAACGGUACUAACACCUCCUUAUCUCUACUGGAAAUACCUCGCCUGAUGCAUCCCAAGACCGCAUUAGCUUUUUUCACGGCCAUAUCACAUUGGCAGCUCAUAGUCAUCCUGUGAUCAACCCAUACUCCAAGGUCCUUCUCCUCCUCCGUUACUUCUAAUUGAUGCGUCCCCAGCUUAUAACUAAAAUUCUUGUUAUUAAUCCCUAAAUGAAUAACUUUACACUUCUCACUAUUAAAUUUCAUCCUAUUACUAUUACUCCAUUUUACAAGGUCAUACAAAUCUUCCUUUAUGAUUUCCCGGUCCUUCUCUAAAUUGACAAUACCUCCCAGCUUUGUAUCAUCUGCAAACUUUAUUAGCACACUCCCACCUUUUGUGCCGAGGUCAGUAAUAAAAAGAUUAAAUAAGAUUGGUCCCAAAACUGAUCCCUGAGGAACUCCACUGGUAACCUCCCUCCAGCCUGACAGUUCACCUUUCAGUAGGACCCGCUGUAGUCUCCCUGUUAACCAAUUUCUUAUCCACCUUUCAAUUUUCAUAUUGAUCCCCAUCUUUUCCAAUUUAACUAAUAAUUCCCUAUGUGGCACGGUAUCAAACGCCUUACUGAAAUCUAGGUAAAUUAGAUCCACUGUGUUUCCUUUGUCUAAAAAAUCUUUUACUUUCUCAAAGAAGGAGAUCAGGUUGGUUUGGCACGAUCUACCUUUUGUAAAACCAUGUUGUCAGGAGCUCUCUGUUCAAGUUUGAAUGCCCAGCCCGUUCCAUUCUACUUCUGUUAGAACCAAGGCAGAGCCAGUGCUGCCGGCAGGGCAGCGGCCAAGCUGUGAGCUGCUGCUGCGCAUUUGUCACAAUUAUUGAGCCACAUCCUGACAUCCCUUUUUUCAUUCCUGCUAAAUUAAAGGAAAAUCCCUCUGAUUUCAGUGACAGUUUUGCCAUAGUAAGAGCUGAGUGAAGGUUUUAAGAUUUGGCACUUGGUGAUGAAAUUCAUUAUUGCAUCAGAGCUCAUAGCAUGAUGAUGCAUCUGCAGUUAAUUGCAGAAGAUCAAAAAUUUUUAACCAGUUUUUUUUUUUUAAGAUCAUGAGCCUGGAGAAAGCAAGAUAUUUGUCCCAUGCUAAUUUGCAUUUACACCAAGGAUAUUUACACCGUUUACCAUUUACACGAAGGAUAUUAAGCUCGCCCCACUUCCCAACAAAGACUGAACACCAGGAGUGAAAUCCAGGCACCAAUGAAGUCAAUGGAGGUUUUGCCAUUGAUUUCAGUGGGGCCAGGAUGGCACCCAGAGCUUUAGAGUUAAGUCUUAAAUUACUAAGACCCCUUUAUCUCUACAGUAGUGCUAUGCUAUACUAUGAAGCAUAAUCCUCACUGGUUAAAAGAAAACUGCAUAUAUCACAAUAAAUUAAUAAAGUAUGUUUAA